AUGGAGAGCCUUCCGAGAGGCCUAGUAUCUACCUCUGGCAGAGUGACUUCUGAACUUGGCGGGAUUGAUGCCGUCGAUGUUGGCGAUAUCGUACAACUAUGGAAAGCUUAUAGCACAAAACCUUCAGUCCAUGAAGGCGACAAAGGCUUCCGACUUCAGAACUUCUUCUGGCGAAUCUGGAGCAGCAAGCGCCUCAGCGGCUCACUUACUGGAUCGACACUAGCCCGCCUAUUCCUCCAUGUAUCGGAACCUAGUUCGCUGAUGCCAGCAGUAAAGGAAUCCGAUCAUCCGUCGUCCGGUUUGAAACAUGGGAAAGAUCACCCGAGCACUACCACCACCAGUACUACUAUUACUACUCCCGCCACCGGAAAGGCUACAGUCAGCGCCAGUGCCAGCACCAGCAAAUCACCUCUUCAUCCCAUCCUCAAGAAAUCAAACAGCUCCUCCCAUGGAGAAACGCAAAAGACUACCCGACUCUUGCUCACGGGGCUGGGUGGCCAGAGCGUUACGCGCAAGCCCUCUAACCCGCUAACACCCAUUCCUCCUUCUCGUCCGAUUAUGUUUGGUGAGCAAGUCAACCGCCAGGGCCAGAAAAAGGCUUUUGUUGUUCCGAGCAAGGCGAAGGGUGCGAAGCGACGACCUGUUCUCAUGCGCCGCAAGUCAUCGCAGCAGACUUCGGCAUGUUCUACGCGCGCGCAUUCCCCUGACUCAGAUCCUCCAUCGCCCGUCAGCACGAUUGCAGAACCCCCGUUUGAACCUCCAGUUCAGGAGGCUGAAAGGAGUGUUGGAUCAUCAGCUGAAGUCGCAUCUCAAAGCAACAAGAUCACCCAGCCCACACAACCUAUGCAACUUCCACCACAUCCACUUGAUAAUGAAGAAGUAAUAGUUGAUGAUACACCACCUGAAGAAAGAACCUCCACAAACACAACCGAAUACGAAGACCUAAUCGCAGACCCCAACCACAAACGCCCCUUCUACCUCUUCCCUGACGAACAAAAGGAAAUCCCACCCGCCUUCCUCGCCAAACUAAAAGACCUCCUACACAAAGAAACCCCACUCGGCCGCCUCCCCUUCCGCGGCGAACGCCCACUCGUCGGCUUCUUUUCUACAACGGCCUGCCGCUCCUUCGACGUUCGCCACCUCUCCGAGGAGAACUACGAGCCCCCGAGCAGUUACACUCUUGUUGAGAAGGACUUUCGCACGCGGUUUGCGGAGCAGAAGAGGAUUGCGGAGGAAUAUUGGCAGAUGCAGAUGUCGAAGUCGCUGGGGGAGGGUCGUUCAGGGACUGGGGCGGCUGCGUUCGAUGGGGCGGAGCCUCGCGGCACUUCGACUCCUACAACUGAUGGCGAUAACGGCGCCGGGGGAACUGGUGGUGCAUUUUCCGGUCUCGACCCCGCUUUACCUACAUCUACAACACUGGGAACAGGCACAGCAGAAACCAUCUCGCCCUCGCGGUUCGGCGAUUCGCAGUCGCAGGGAAUCCCAACCGUGGCAAGUAGCAUGGGGACCUCUCUCCUCGUUGGGAACAGCCAUAGCCAUAGUCCGGGGAUGGAUACGGACUCGUUUUCGCUAGUUGAGGGGCCUACGACGACUGCCAUGUCAUAUCAGACGCCUCUCGCUCUAUCGCUGCCGCAGGGUCCUAGCCAGAUUAGUCUGAUGGUUCAGGAGAGUCGACGGCAGAGGCUUUCAAGUAGUGAGAUUGAGGAUGGGCUUAAGGGGGAGAGCGAGGGAGAGGGGGACGAGAAUGAAAAUGGAAAUGAGGAAACUAGAUGA